AGUAUGACCACACCGGGAAUCGCUUUCCUUGGUCGCACAGCCGUAUUGGCAGGCUCGCUAUGCUUUGGCACCAUCUCCUUAGCGCGGUUCGCGACAAUGUCUGGUAUAUCCUUGCCACCAUGGAUCUUCCUACUGGGUGCGACCAGUAGUUUACCAAUUGGGUUUACAUUACGCCUCCUGUAUGUCGGUAUCAUUCGCCGCCGACAGGCUGCAAGGAUGGGUGCUCGCCUUGCGUGUACUGUUAAGGGCAAAACAAUUGGUAACCUCGAUGUCAUGCUCAAAAUGGUCGAUCGAUUCAAGAACGGUUAUCCUGGUGAUGGACUGGCAGACUUCGUCGCAGAGUUCGGAACAUGCUUUAACCUCCACUUCAUGUAUGAAGACCUCAUAUUUACAGUGGAACCUAGCCACAUCAAGACCAUACUAGCGUCCGAUUUUGAAAACUAUAUCAAAGGGAAUAAGUUCAGGAAGACGAUGUCAAGUGUCCUCGGGACGGGCGUUUUCAAUUCUGACGGUGAAAUGUGGAAAUUCCAUCGCUCAAUGACAAGGCCUUUCUUCAGCCAUGACCGAAUCAGUCACUUCAAUACCUUCGAUCGUCAUGCCGAAGACGCUAUCACGCAGAUGAAGGCGCGUUUCCGUGCUGGAUAUCCUGUCGACUUCCAGGACCUUAUCUCACGGUUCACGCUCGACGCCGCCACGGAAUUUUUAUUUGGCCAUUGCGUACACAGUCUUUCUGCAGGACUGCCUUACCCGCAUAACGUCGUAACGGCCGAAGCCCUUACUGGCAGGGCAAAGACUGCUGAUGACUUUGCUCGUGCGUUCGCAGAUGCACAAUCAAUUAUCGCCCAACGUCCCCGCAGAGGCUGGAUCUGGCCCUUGUUUGAAAUAUUCAAGGACGACACCGCAGCGCCUAUGCGAAUCGUGAACUCGUUCAUCGAUCCUAUAUUGAAAGAAGCUAUUGCCAAGACACAGUCUGCUCAUGCCAGUGGAGAGAAGAAUGUGGAUAACGAUGAUACGACAUUACUGGACCAUCUUGUCGAGAUGACGACAGAUCCCGUGGUGCUGAAAGAUGAGAUCUUGAACAUCAUGAUCGCCGGUAGGGAUACGACCGCUGGGACGCUAACUGUUGCCCUGUAUCUACUUUCCAUGCACCCGCAUGUGAUGACCCGCCUGCGAGAGGAAAUCAUGGCCAAGGUCGGACCUACUGAAAGGCCGACUUACGAUGACAUCCGUGAAAUGAAGUACCUUCGUGCUGUCAUUAAUGAAACUAUGAGGGUUUUUUCUCCUGUACCUUUCAAUGUUCGUGAGAGUGUGAAUGCAUCUACACUACCUGCAACUAGCCACUUGGACAAACCAAUAUACGUCCCUCCUAAGACAAGCGUCAGCUACUCUGUGUUUCUAAUGCAUCGCAGAAAAGAUCUUUGGGGCCCUGAUGCUGAUGAGUUCGAUCCCGACCGCUUCCUCGAUGAACGGCUACACAAAUAUCUUACACCUAAACCCUUCAUAUUCCUUCCCUUUAACGCCGGCCCCCGCAUCUGUCUCGGACAACAGUUCGCUUACAACGAGAUGUCAUUCAUGCUCAUCCGUCUCCUUCAAUCCUUCUCAUCUAUCACUCUCCACCCCGAAGCGCAACACCCGGACACCCUCCCGCCUGUUGAUUGGGCUCAUGCUACAGGCCGCAAAUCACGUGAACAGUUUUGGCCGAAGGCUCAUUUAACGAUCUAUGCUCACGGCGGACUAUGGAUCCGCAUGGCGGAAGCUGAGAAC